UCAAGAAAAGGAAGCAUAAACCCCACAGGAAGCUUGCACAGCAAUGAGGUCCGUCUCCGUGUCCGUGGUGGUGCUGGUCCUGGCCGGCGCCGUCCUCGCCGCGGCGCGUCUCGCUGAUGGCGCAGGCCCUUGCGGCGCCAGCCCGCCGGACCAGGUGGCCCUGAAGCUUGCGCCGUGCGUGUCGGCGGCGAAGGACCCGGAUUCGACGCCGUCGCAGCGCUGCUGCGCGGCGGUGAAGGACAUCGGGGAGAAGAGCGCCGAGUGCCUCUGCGCCGUGCUGCUGUCCAAGACCGUGCGGCAGAUCGGGGUGAAGCCGGAGAUGGCCAUCACCAUCCCCAAGCGCUGCAACAUCGCCAACCGCCCCAUCGGCUACAAGUGCGGCGAUUUCACCUUGCCCAACCUGCAGCUGCAGGGCUGAUCGAUCGACGGGUUACGAGGAUCUGGAACCGAAGCGAGGAAAUAAAGCUAGCAAGGAACUCCGUGUGUCUGUCUCCGUAGUAGUCCGUAACUCCGUAUGCAUGAAGCACUACACUGGUAUGGAGAAAAUGAUGUGUUUCAGUGACUGUGUGUUUGUGUUGUCGAUUGAGCAAUGCAGAAUAUCGUCGUUCCAUA